CGGAGGGGAGGUGGGAGCUGCUAUAAAGUCAAAGGGCUGCACAUGUAGGAGACAGACCGCUGGAGGACCAGAGGAGGACGGAGACCUGCUCAUCCAUCACCUCUGAAGGAUUACUCACAUUUACCCUCUGUUUGGUUUUACAAGAACCUGCACAAAUGGAUCUAUACGUUUUUAUUUCCGUGCUAUCAGUGAUGUUCCCAUGGAUUUCCUGCACAGCUCUACCGGCUCCGGUCGCAGACGCACCGACCGCCUCCACCGGCAACCUGCGGCACCGAGUGCGGAACAAGCGCUGCUCCUGCGCCACUUUCCUGGACAAGGAGUGCGUGUACUUCUGCCACCUGGACAUUAUAUGGGUCAACACACCUGAGCGCGUGGUCUCCUACGGACUGGGCAACGCGCCGCGGACGAGGCGCGCACUCGCGGACUCCAUGGCAACCAGCGGAGCCCCGCGCUGCCGGUGUCUGCGGGGAAACGACGCCACAUGCGGGACUUUCUGCGGGAAUAGAAACCUGCGCAGGUAUGAUUCCACAGAGAUCCGAUCCCCGGAGGGCAGACAGCAGCCGGCAGCGGACAGCAUCAGGAGGCUGGCCGGUAACCGGGUGUCGCCGGUAGCGCAGAAAACCCGCCUGCUGCUGGAGAAGUGGAGGGUGAGACAACGGCACCGAGUCAGAGCCUGGGAGGGUCACGGCUCGGCCUCCUAGACCAGAAGGACGCCUCUACGCCUUCUCACAGGAAGGUCUUAGAACCACCAGCCAGAGGGGGGUCCUGAAGGCACUGCAGAGCCCACCUGAGGCAACAUGAGUCCACCUGAGGCCACCUGAGUCCACCUGAGGCCACCUGAGGCCACAUGAGUCCACCUGAGGCCACCUGAGUCCACCUGAGUCCACCUGAGCCCACCUGAGCCCACCUGAGUCCACCUGAGUCCACCUGAGGCCACCUGAGCCCACCUGAGUCCACCUGAGGCCACAUGAGUCCACCUGAGUCCACCUGAGCCCACCUGAGUCCACCUGAGCCCACCUGAGCCCACCUGAGUCCACCUGAGGCCACAUGAGUCCACCUGAGGCCACCUGAGCCCACCUGAGUCCACCUGAGGCCACCUGAGGCCACCUGAGCCCACCUGAGUCCACCUGAGGCCACCUGAGUCCACCUGAGCCCACAUGAGUCCACCUGAGUCCACCUGAGUCCACCUGAGGCCACAUGAGUCCACCUGAGUCCACCUGAGGCCACAUGAGUCCACCUGAGGCCACCUGAGGCCACCUGACGCCUACAAACCUCCACGUCUGCAGCAGAGCUUUCACAACUCGACUUGGCUGCACUUCAGCCGAGGUCUGGGACAAUCUGAGGAGAUCAGCUGAGCAGAGGACUCAGCCACAAUCUGCUAAACCAAGGACACUCGCUGACUCUCCUCUGGACUGUAGAAAACACCAAAUACCAUUUCAGACUCCUGAGGGGAAUUCAGUCCCCUCCGUCUGUGGAAGAGCCGGUUCUAAAGGGAUGGUGUUCCUCGUGUCGUGGCUUCUCUCCACGUUCUUCACCGACUGAAACUGUUUUACUGCAUUUACACAAACGACAGGUCGUCUCCUGUUCGCCAGCUGCUGGGAGUUUUUCCUCACUCAUCACAGACUUCUGAGCAUUUAUCCUAAUUUAUGUUUUCACUGUCGUGCUCUAUUUAUUUAUUCUUGUUCCACAUGAAUGUAAUUUGAAGGCUGUAUUGGUCCGUGUCAUUUCUGUGAAAUGGUUUUUCCACUAAGCUGCCAUAAUGUGGCCAAACUGUAAUAAAUUUUUACACUUAUUUAAACCCGA